CCGAAUCCGAAUACAUUUCGAUUCUCUGUAUAAUUAGGAUUGACCUGUCGACUGCGAUUGUAAUAUUUUGUAAUAAAUGCAGCGUAAGCAAUUUGGAAUGAGAAAUGAUUUUACGUCUUACAAAUUUGCGAUUGAAUCUCGUUCGCCACCUGCGGCUCUUUAACGAUCUGCAAUCCGUGAGUUCUCCUCAGCUGCGGAAACACACUUAUCCUAGCCAGUGGACGAAUAAUUACGAUUUGAAGAUGAAGAACGAGGACCUGCCUGAUCUUGGACAGAAAUUCGAAGGCGGCGAAAAGACCUGCGAGCUGUGCCAGGCAAAAUUUCACUUCGUUACUAGACUGGUCGCGCACCUGAGGAUAGCGCACGGCAUCCUCCGGCCGUUCAAAUGCAUCACCUGCGGCAAGAAUUAUCCACAGCAGUUCAUGCUUAACGCCCACGUGAAGAAGUCGCACACGCCGAAGACCGUGCCCUGUACCCAGUGCAGCUUCAUGGGUGUCAACGUGGCCGACGUGGAGAGACACAGACGGCGACGACACCGUGCCCCACCGAAGUUCACGUGCGAGAUUUGCAGUCAGGAUUUUCCCGACAAGGAUACUCUGAUCGCGCACAGGACGAUGCACGACUUCAUGCAAUAUCAGCUAUGCAACGCGUGCGGUAGCAUCUUCAACGAUGUGUACAGCCUGAAGGAACACAAUCGUCUCUACCACUACGAUUCUGCAUCGGACGAGAAGUCGUUCGAGGAGUCCAGCGAGAACGGGUCCGAGUACAAAUGCGACGUUUGCGGCAAGGUCUACAAGUAUAGGUCAAUGCUGAAGCAGCACAAGAUCAGGGCCCACGAUGACCCGUCGAACCAUGAGAGGCGCAGGUACCUUUGUGCGCUGUGUGGCAAGGAGUUGAAGACCGCGAAGGGCCUCGAAAUCCACAACAGAUCGCACACUGGCGAGAAGCCGUAUACCUGCGAGGUGUGCGGCAAGUGUUUCGCCUGUAAGACGCUGUUAAGGACCCACAAUGUUACCCAUACUGGAGAGCGGAAGUACUCGUGCAACGUAUGCGGCAAGGCUUUCACGCAGAGGUCCACUCUGGUUGUUCACAAGCGAUAUCACACGGGCGAACGACCCUACGUUUGUCCUCGGUGCGGUAAAGGUUUUGUCACACGAACUGUCCUUAAUACUCACAUGAAGUCCUGUCGUUGAGGUGGUCUUCUCUUGUCUUCACGGGAUUUAUCGAGUCAACGCGAAGGAAUCUAGAUCACCCAAAUGUUUGGGAAAUAUCCAACGGACAUUUGAAGGCGUUACGAUCUCUUAAAUAAUUUUUUAUAUUAUUUUUUACUUGAUAACGAAAGGCUUGGAUAAUGAAUCCCUUCGCACAACUAAAGUUCCGAAGAUAUAACAAUUAAAGAUUCAACUUUUUUUACCUCAGGAUGAAUAUAUUUUAGAUAAAUAUAUUUUCUAAUUUUAAUGACGAAGAAACCGUCCGUGAUACUAAUAAUAAAAAAGAUCAUAUCUUUUUUUCACAUAUUAGUGUGACAUCUAUUGUUAAGUAUAAGCGAUGUAAUAAUGCAUAGAUUACUGCAAUAAAUAGAUUUACAUACAAAA